ACCGUUUCCUAGCGGCAAUAGCGCUCGUGAAUACAAGAGGGAAGAACCCUUCGAGGGACGACAGCGACUCAAGGGAGGAGAGGGUUUCGAAAGGUCGAACGUCUCCGCGAAACAUCAUCCCGAGAUCAUGGUUACGAGAGCGAAACCGGAAGCGAGCUUUGCAUCCACACGACUGACGAGGAGCAAUUAUUAUGGACCACCGUUACUGAGUCAAGUGGGAGGAAAGAAGGUCCGCGAAGACAGCAAAUAUGGAAAAGGUCCGGACCGAGAGAAAGAGUCAGGCGAGAAAAAGGUUUUCGAGCCGGCAACGGAUGACGAGCCAUUGAGUUCUAGCGAUGAGGCAGAGUCGAGUGCGGAGUCGUUGGAUUAUGGGAAGACGAAGAGUUUAGAGGGUAAAGGGAAUCGAUCUGCACAGAAGUCGCUGGAAGAGAAACUGGCAGACGAAGAUGCUGCGACAGGGACGGGAAACCGGGCAUCACCACGGAAGAAUAAUGGAAGGAGCACCGCAGUGGACUCUCUUCGAGAUGGAUCGAGAAAGUCGACUCGACAACACCGGAGACAAUCGCCCAAACGGACAUUUAGUGAUCUUAUAGGCACGGAUGACGAGGAGGAUGAACUCUUCCCAUCCUUUAUGUCUUCGUCGCAGGCGUCCAAGAGGAGGAGAAAUAUUGGUUAUGGAGGUUUGAAGAACGUCCAUACAGGUUCAUCGUUCAAGGUCCCUGCUUCGAGUAUGCUUGAAUCGUCACAACAAGAAGCGCCAUCGCCCGGAUUCAAGAAGCCAGCUGAGAUGCCUAACUUGGAUGAGCCGACAAAAGAUACUACGAGUGAAGAGGAAAAUAGCGGGUUUAAAGUCCCGAUGGAGAUCGAAAUAGCCAGCCCUCAAAUGAAGAAGGGAAAGAAAAAGGGCACCAAGAGAGACGCUAAGCCAACAUUCAAGAUACCUCCAGGAUCAACUGAGCAUGAUGUCGUCAGUCACUCCUCGCCAUCCAGGGAAUUCAAGCACCCGCUGCCCUUUCCCAACGAUGGAAUAUCUAGUUCGUCACUUGCUACAUCAUCUGCAAAGGAUCGACUGUUCGACUUAGAUGAUGAUAAUUCUUCGUUUAGUUCCCUAAGCUCAGUGGAGUCGGACUUGUUGCUGGAUGACCAGGACAAGACAGUUCUAGCCAGCCAGCAUGCUGUGCCAGAACCUUCCGAUGAAGCACUCUGCCCGAUGUGCAAACAGCGAGUCGACCGAGACGUGCUACUAGACUUCCUCGCGCAGCCCAAACAACGUGUCCGUGAUCAGGAGCGCUUCUGCGAAUCUCACCGGAAAGAAUCCGCGGAACAGGAGUGGCGCGAUAAGGGUUAUCCGACAAUCGAUUGGGAAGGGUUUGAUGAGCGUAUUCGGGGCCAUUUCGCUGCUCUCGAGAAGAUACUUACUCCUGACUGCCACUCAUUCUACCGCAAUAUCCUCGACGGGGAGAUGAAGUCCGGGAAAGCGAAGAACUUUCGUCUUUCGCUUGCCGGGGAAGGUCUGGAGAAUAUGUCCUGCGGGUAUUAUGGGUCUAAAGGCGCCGGAAAGAUGCUGCAUGCUGUAACCACACAGUUUUCGAAGAAGCUGCGUCGUCUGGCCACGACAGAUCAUCUUGUCAAAACUGCAGGCGUAACAACCUACGCUCAGGCGGUGCUUGUUCCUGAACUGACUGUUCUACUGGUGAAAGAAGACAUGGGGGUGAGUGAUGAGACGGCGCGACAGAUAUUGCGAGAAACGAUCGACAUUGGCGAGAAGCUGAACCAUGUACCAAAUGAUGUUGUUCCUAUACCCGAAGAUGCGGAGAAUGCUGUAUGAGAUCUCCGAAAGCGAGAUCAGUAUUCAUGGUUGAAAUAUUGCUGCCUAUUCUGUUUCAGACUCGCGGUCUGGUG